AUGUCGGCGGUAGCUUCGCACGUCCCCGACAACUCCGAGAAUGACCCGCACGAGAAGGGUCGCCAGGACCCGCCGCGGCCCUGGGGCGGCCCCACGGGCGGCUUUAUGCUCAUCGACGCCCUUCACCCUGAGUCGGCCUGGCCGGAAAAUACGCCAGCCGCUCGGGUGCCGCCCGCCUCCUAG